AUGGCGACGGCGGUGCAGUGGCCGGUGAUGGUGGUGGUGGUGAUGAUGGGGGCGGUGAUGGCGGCGCGCGUGGGGGCGGACAUGGACGCGGACCGGAGCGAGUGCGCGGAGCAGCUGGUGGGGUUGGCGCCGUGCCUGCAGUACGUGCAGGGGCAGGCGCGGUCGCCGGCGCCGGACUGCUGCGGCGGGCUGAGCCAGGUGCUGGACAAGAGCCCCAAGUGCCUGUGCGUGCUGGUCAAGGACAAGGACGACCCCAACCUGGGCAUCAAGAUCAACGCCUCCCUCGCGCUCGCCCUCCCCUCCGCCUGCCGCAACACCAAGGCCAACGUCUCCCACUGCCCAGAGCUGCUGCACCUCCCUCCGAACUCCAAGGACGCCGCCAUCUUCAGCCCCGGCGGCGACAAGGGCUCCGCUGCAGCUCUAGCCAAGGACAACACGGCGUCGACGGCCAACUCCCGCGCGCAGCAGGCGGCCAGCGCCGGCACCGCCUCCUCGACGGCGACCGCCGGCGUCGAACUGGCGGCGUUGCUCGCCGGCUACCUUGCGCUGCUCCUGCCCGCUGACUUCCUGGCCGCCGCCUCCUCCUUCUAG